AUAAAGGUGAACGCGUUCGGGCCCACAUCACGAUAAGUGAAUUGUGUUUGUGAAAAUAUAAGUAACGUGAACAAUGCCUCCGAAAACUAGUGGAAAGGCAGCCAAGAAGGCUGGCAAGGCUCAGAAGAACAUCACCAAGACCGACAAGAAAAAGAAGCGCAAGAGGAAGGAGAGCUAUGCCAUCUACAUUUACAAGGUUCUCAAGCAGGUCCAUCCUGACACCGGAAUUUCGUCGAAGGCGAUGAGCAUAAUGAACAGCUUUGUAAAUGAUAUUUUCGAGCGAAUUGCUGCCGAAGCGUCUCGUCUAGCUCACUACAACAAGCGCUCGACCAUCACCAGUCGGGAAAUCCAAACGGCUGUUCGCCUGCUUCUGCCUGGAGAGUUGGCCAAGCAUGCUGUCAGUGAGGGAACCAAGGCCGUUACCAAGUACACCAGCUCCAAAUAAUUGGCUCCUGCGAAUGCGGACAACAAUCCAAAACGGCCCUUUUCAG